AUGGCCUCUCUCUUUUUUUCCACCCCGGUCGAUAUCGACGUCGUCCUUGACGACCUCGAUGACCGCCAGACAGUAGAUGUUAAGCUCGACAAGGGUCGCCGUGAGCGGGUUCCCCUGUACAUGGAUGGAGAGUCCGUCAAGGGUGCGGUGACGAUCAGGCCGAAGGAUGGCAAGCGAUUGGAGCAUACAGGAAUUAAGGUGCAGUUCAUUGGCACGAUUGAGAUGUUCUACGAUCGAGGCAACCAUUACGAAUUCCUAUCGCUGGUCCAGGAGCUUGCUGCGCCGGGCGAGCUGCUUCACCCCCAAACCUUCCCUUUCAACUUCAAGAAUGUCGAGAAGCAAUACGAGUCCUACAAUGGUAUCAACGUGAAGCUUCGCUAUUUCGUGCGGGUGACCGUCUCGCGGCGCAUGGCCGACGUCAUCCGUGAGAAGGACCUCUGGGUGUAUUCGUACCGCAUGCCGCCGGAGACCAACAGUGCGAUCAAGAUGGAUGUCGGAAUUGAAGACUGCCUGCACAUCGAGUUCGAAUAUUCCAAGUCCAAGUACCACCUCAAGGACGUGAUUGUCGGUCGCAUCUAUUUCUUGCUCGUGCGGCUCAAGAUUAAGCAUAUGGAAUUGUCUAUCAUUCGCCGGGAGACCACUGGUUCCCCUCCCAAUCAAUAUAACGAGAGUGAGACUUUGGUUCGCUUCGAGAUCAUGGAUGGCUCGCCUUCGAGAGGUGAAACCAUUCCCAUUCGUCUAUUCCUUGGUGGAUUCGACUUGACCCCGACUUUCCGCGAUGUGAACAAGAAAUACUCGACAAGAUACUACCUCAGCCUGGUGCUGAUCGAUGAAGAUCAACGUCGUUACUUCAAGCAAUCUGAGAUUGCCCUCUACCGCCAAGCACCUGAGAUUGCCUCGACACCACAGAUCGCCCAGCAGCAGGCAAUUCAACAGCAGGUCCUUCUCCAGCAACAGCAGGCCAUUCUCCCACCAGGCUCUGCGACUGCUGGCCCAGGACGUGAAGUACCAAGCGGUCACCUGAAGCAGCAGCAGCAGAGUAAUACCCCGCCAGUCUCGGCGCCGGCGGCAUGA